AAACACUGUCACAUUAUUUAUCGGGACAAAUAAUGACGCGAAUGUUGUUGACGAUAUAAUAACGAAACAGACGAUGAUGAAGCGCAACAGUGGUGAAUUGUGUGAAGUAGUGUGAUAAAUGUUUCAUUCAUUUUUUGCUUAUACGCAAUGGCUAACUUGGAAAAGAAGUUAAUGACAAGCAAAAUGAUACAAGAAAGAUGCAGCAAGUGGGUAGAGUCACAGAAAGAUUAUUCUUAUUCUGAAGAAGAUAAGUUAGAGGAACUGGUUGAAAAUAGCUGUGAGAAUUGGUAUAAUACCGAUUCAGAGUUCGAUUCAGUCUCAGAAUGCGGUGGUAGGAAACGUAAGGUGGGAACGCUACUGAAAAAUGAAAUUUUGAAUCUGGCAUGCGAGUGGAAAGAAUGUACAUUUCGUAGUGAUCAUUUAGACAGAUUUCUAAAACAUGUUUCGAGUCAUUUACCACACAUACAAAUAAGUAAGAAGGAUGAUAAUGAUGUUUAUGUGUGUCAGUGGAAAGAUUGUCCAUUUAACAGUGAUUUAUCUGAUGAAAUAAUGCGACACGUUAAUUACCAUGCUUAUCACACCAAGUUAAAAUGUAUUGGAUCCAAUGUUCGAGGAAGAACCAAACUGCCUAGAUGCCGCAGAGAUCCAGAAUGGAGAAAUAUCAUAGAUUCACCACCAUUGCAUUUGUGUAGAUGGGAAGAAUGUCUAAAAAUGUUCACAAAUUAUCAAAUGUAUCUGUAUCACGUUACCGCGCAUGUGAUAAAUUGUCCACAUGGAAAUGGAGUGAAGAACAGAGUUGACUGUAAGUGGACCGGAUGUACUGGCAAAUACAACAGUUUAUACAAACUCCGUGAACACUUGAGACAUCACACUAAAGAAAAAAUAGUUGCUUGUCCAGAUUGUGGUGCCACAUUUGCAUCUAAUACUAAAUUCCAUAUACAUUGCCAGAGACAAAUUCCUUUAGAAGUACAGGGAUUUCAAUGUUCACACUGCAACAAAUUUUACCCAACUGAAAGGAUCUUGCGAGAUCAUAUGAGAUUCCAUGUAUUCAACUAUAAGUGUUCUCUUUGUGACAUGAGUUGUGAAUCACCGGCGAGUUUAGCAAAACAUGUUAGAUAUCGUCAUGUGUCGACUAGAACGUAUCCUUGUCAGUUGUGUUCACAUGCUGCAAAAUCGCAACAGGAUCUUGAUUCACACAUGACUGUUCACACUAACGGCCCGAAUUUUUCCUGUUCUAUCGAAGGAUGUCGGUAUACAUGCAAGGGAGCUUACACUUUGGAUAGACAUAUAGAACGAGCACAUGGUUUAGAAACACGAUGGUAUUGUUGUCACGAGUGCCCAAUCAAAUACCAGAAAAGUUACAGACUGACAAAACACCUUAUAGAGACACAUCAAUUGCAAUUACCUAGUGGACAUAAACGCUUCCAUUACAUACGAGACCAAGAUGGAUGUUAUAGACUUCAGAUGGUCAGAUACGAAGCUGUAGACGAAGAAAACGUAUCGCCUGUUGAAGAAGCAAAAUUACCAGACACAAAAUAUAAGAUGGAAAUAUAUCAAAAAACUACAUCAGUGGAACUGAAAAUUGUAGAGGAUAACGCGGAGGAAGAGACAAACAUACGCACUAUAAUAGAUACAAAAGAGAAAAUUACUACUGAGAAUGAAGUCAAUAUAGCCAUGCCUAUUGUAUCUAACAUUCUAAUAUCUAUAGAUGAGAUAGAUGAGAAAGGGAAUAUCAUAAAAGGACAGUUGAUUGAGACACAAGAAACAAAUGAGUUACCGUUAUCAGCAGAACCAUCUUUAUUUUUAACGUGAUUUUAAUAUUUUUUAUAUAAAAGAUUGUGACGUAUUUUUCUACAUAAUUGUAUAAUUCAUAUAUACUAGUUUACAUGUAAUGGAGAAGUUUUAUUUUCAAAUGGUAGUUUUAUAUCGU